AUGAUGAAAAAGAUCAGCCUCUUCGCCGUGGCGUCGCUGUUGCUGGCCGGGCUGUGGCGGGACACGGACGGAAACCUGGUCAGCGCGCAUGCCGGGUGCGUGACGGUCGACAAGGACACGGGCAAGUUCUGGCUGUUUGGCGAGUACAAGGUCGAAGGCCAUACCGAGGGCGGAGGCGUGUCGGUGUACUCAUCAAGCGACCUGGCCACGUGGGAGAGCCACGGUCUCGCGCUGGCCCCCGUACCGGGGCAUGGGUACAUCUCGCCCGAGAACAUUAUCCAGCGCCCCAAGGUGGUCUACAGCAAGAUUAGCAACGAGUAUCGCAUGUGGUGGCAUGCAGAUAACACUACCUACGGGCUCCUGCUCCAAGGCUUCGCACCAUCGCCCAAUAUUUCCGGCUCGUACACGUUCGUCAGCGCGACGGCGCCGCUGGGCAACUGGUCGCAGGACUUUGGCAUGUUCACCGACUACAAGGACGGGCGGUCGUACGCGCUGUACUCGAAUGGCGACGGCCGCGACGGCCGCGACGCGUACCUGACGGCGUACGACGACACCUCCGCGCUCGAAAGCAUCGUGCACCGCUUCGGCAAGUACGACCUCGAGGCGCCGGCCAUCGUGCAGACGGACAGCAGCUACUACGCGCUCAUGAGCCACAAGACGGGCUACCGGCCCAACAACGUCGUGGCCUUCCGCGCCGACUCGCCCGGCCCGUGGCCGCAGCCCUUCACGGUCGCGCCGCCCAACACGCGCACCUUCAGCUCGCAGUCGGGCUCGGUGCUGCGCAUCGCCGGCUCGCGCGCCACGACGAACCUGUACCUGGGCGACCAGUGGGACGCCAGCUCGCUGUGGGAGAGCCGGCUGCAGCUGCAGUGGCACGACGUCUAUGAUCUCGACGUGCAGACGGGCGAGUGGGCCGCCAUGGCCGGCACCGAACGCCGGGCCGCCGACGCCAGGAAGACGACCAGCGGCGGCGCUGGCGGUGGCGGGGAGGCGGCGGCGGGGAUCCGCGGCAACGACAGCACGGUGACGUUCCAGGGGGUGCGCGGAGCUGGACAGAAAAAGGGGCCGCAGCCGCAGUCGGUGUCCGACGCGCCGGGCGGCGCCCCGGACCGCAUCGGCGGCGCCUGGCAGCUGCGCCGCAUCGCGAGCGUUGUCCGCGACACCCACAAGGGCGUCGUCCUCUCCGCCCCGCUGCUGCUGGCCCUCGACGAGGGCGACGCGAACACUAUUACCGUCGGCGGGCUGUAUAACGGGUUUGAUUACAAGGGCGCGGAUCUCGAAAAGAUUGUCGUAUACCCGCCCGAGACGGGUAUCUGCAAGGGCCGGAGGUGUUGGACUGUAAUUGGGUAAUUGUUGGUAGGAAGAGACAUAGAGGAGGCGAAUGUUGG